AUGGAUAUGAUCAACGUAUUUGUCAGCAGCCUGCCCGGCCUGGGUCCCUCCAGCUUGUCGUUCCCGAUCUCGUCGGUCGCCACCUUGGAAGAUCUGAACGACCACAUUCGCCAACGCCUCCCGGUGAAUCCAGACGACCACCGCCUGAUUCUUACGACGACAGCCAACAAGCAGAUAUUCCCGUCGCGCUUCCCGCUCUCGACGCCUGUGACGACCGCGUGUAACCUGUCAGAGAAGGAUGAGUUCGUGUCGCUCAGGCUGUCCGCGCCACUAUGCGGUGGUAAGGGUGGUUUUGGUUCCCAGCUCCGAGCGGCCGGCGGCCGCAUGUCGUCGCGGAAGAAGAAGAACAACGGGGAUGCCAACGCCUCGAGCAGGAACCUCGAUGGCCGGCGUCUGCGGACCGUGAACGAGGCCAAGGCGCUGGCCGAGUACCUCGCCAUCAAGCCCGAGAUGGAGCAGAAGGAGAAGGAGAAGCGCAGGGAGAAGUGGCAGCAGAUCGUGGACGCCGCCGAUCAGAAAGAGUACGAGAUCAAGCACAACACCAAGGGCCGCCUCGACGGCAAGUGGGUGGAAGACAAAGAGGAGGCCAGCGAGAGGACCAGGGAGGCCGUCAUGGCUGCCAUCAAAUCUGGGAGGUAUACGGACAACCUGGUCUCCGGCAAGAAGGACUCCUCAUCAGAGGAAGCAGAAGGCUCAGACUCGAGUGGCUCGAAAUCAGUAUCGCCGCCGGUCGUCUCCAAAGGCAAGCAACCGGCGCGGGCAUUCGCUGGGUUUGAUGAGGACGACGAGUUCAUGAGCUCAAGUGAUGAAGACGACGCAUGA